AUGCGUUUCACUCCUACCGACCUCAGCCUUCCCGCGGCUGCCAUUGCCUUCUUGGCAUCGACUGCUUCGGCGCAGAGCUGCCAGCUGCCUACCAGCUACAAGUGGACUUCAUCCAACGCGCUUGCUCAGCCCAAGUCAGGAUGGGCCAACCUCAAGGACUUCACUACCCAGAUGGUCAACGGCAAGCACCUCGUCUACGCCACCAACCACGACACUGGCAGCAAGUACGGUUCCAUGAACUUCGGUCUGGUCUCCAACUUCAACGAGUUGGCAUCUGCUCCUCAGAACGCCAUGAACCAGGGUCUCGUCGCACCCACCCUUUUCUACUUCAAGCCCAAGAACACCUGGGUCAUCGCCUACCAGUGGGGACCUACCGCUUUCUCCUACAAGACCUCUUCAGACCCUACCAACGCCAACGGCUGGAGCGCGGCUAAGCCUCUCUUCUCCGGCACGAUCACUGGCUCAAGCACUGGCCCAAUUGACCAAACCGUCAUUGGUGACGACAAGAACAUGUACCUGUUCUUUGCGGGUGACAACGGCAAGAUCUACCGCUCCAGUAUGCCCAUUGGCAACUUCCCGGGCGACUUCGGCACCGCCUCAACUGUCGUCAUGAGCGACACCCAGAACAACCUCUUCGAGGCUGUUCAGGUCUACACCGUCAAGGGUGGUACUACCGCCAAGUACCUCAUGAUUGUUGAGGCUGUUGGUUCUCAGGGCCGUUACUUCCGUUCUUUCACCGCCUCCAGCCUCGGCGGCAACUGGACCCCUAACGCUGCCACCGAGAGCAACCCCUUCGCCGGCAAGGCCAACAGCGGUGCUACCUGGACCAACGACAUCUCUCACGGUGACUUGGUCAAGGUCACCAACGACCAGACCAUGACUGUCGACCCUUGCAACCUGCAGUUGUUGUACCAGGGACGCAACCCCAACUCCGGUGGUGACUACGACCGUCUUCCCUACAGGCCCGGUCUCCUUACUCUCAAGAAGUAA